AUUUUUCAAAGCCACGCGGGUUUCUAUAAGACCGACAAAUGCAAAUUUCGAAGAUAGACCUGACAGACAACGUUAACAACGGUCUCCUCUUUUCCAAGAGAGAAGCUCAUCAAUCGUCAAGAUUCAAGUAUCUCGAGUCUCUCACUCUCGCUUGACUUCUCAUCCAAAGGGGACGCGAUUUAGAAGCGAUCUGGUGAGAGUGAGAACCAGUGAGAACUUUCGUAAGUCCGAGGUCAGCUCGUCAGCUGUCUUGACGUAUUUCGACUUUCGACGCGUGUGCGUGCAUUCGUGCAUGUUGUGUAUGAACGUACGCAUGGACAAGUGACAUGACAGUCGAUUCGUUCCAGGAACAUUGAAAGCGUUCGUGCGUGAGCCGUGGUGAACCGAGAGGAAGACUCAUCCGUCCGUCCGUCCGAACAUAUGAUUGUAGCUCUGCCGAGGGCGCACGUCGUGGAACGUGAACGUCGUCGGUUUCCGGGAAGCGUGAUCGUUAGUCUUCCAUAUCCCACCGCGGCCGAUCUUAGUCCACGAUCCGAUCGCGCGUUCGACUCACGGUCCUCGCGGAAAUGACAAAGCGCGCCUCGCUCGCGCGUCAGCAGUGAGGAAGAGAAUUCGUUCGCGGACAAAUAAAUCCCGGACGAAGAAGUCCCGAGCGAAAAGAAGCGGAGCGCGGCUGCAAACAUGAGUUCCGUCUGGAAACGCUUGCAACGGGUGAACAAGAGAGCAGCCAAGUUUCAGUUCACUGUUUCUUACCACGAGGUCACGUUAGAAACGACGACAAAGUGGAAGCCAAACAAAUUGAGCGUUGUUUGGACAAGACGUAGUAGAAGAGUCAGUUCAGAACCCUUAGACUGGGAGCCAUGUUUAAGUGAUCCUUUGAAGGGUGUCAUUAGCUGGGCAGUCCCUGACAAUCAUACAGUUUCCGUAACACUGUUUAAAGAUCCACGGACACAUGAACUGGAAGAUAAAGAUUGGACAUUUGUUAUCGAAGAUGUGUCGUCGACAGGAAAGAGACGUCAUGUGGCUGCCACUAAUAUAAAUAUGAAAAAAUAUGCAACUUUAGAAUCUAGUCAGCAACAACUUAAAUUGGACUUGAAGCCAACUUCUAAAAAGAUUGUUAGCGCUACACUAGAAUGUACUUUGUCAUGUGUAUUUUUACGAGAGGGCAAGGCAACGGAUGAAGAUAUGCAAAGUAUGGCUAGUUUAAUGUCGGUUAAUAAUAACAGCGACAUUGCGCCAUUAGAUGAUUUUGAUAAUGAAGAUAUACCUGAAGAUGUUGAGGAAGUGUCGGUAAAAAAUUUGGACGAGUUUUUAGAUAUUUCCGCUCAACUUGAUCUAAUGACGAGCAGUCUUACUGAAAGUGAAUUACCCAGCACUCCUAUAAGUGUGGCAAGUUUAUCAAAGGAUGAUACAACUCCUGUAAAUGAUGGCGAGCAUUUUAUACGCGACAUUAGUCUAACAGGAAUUGGAGACUCUCUAAAGGAAAAAUCACCCGUAAAAGACAAUGUUGCCAUUGAAAAUGACAAAAACAUUGAACACAGCAUAUUGAGAUUGCCGCUGCAACCAUUGGAUCUUAAAAAGAAUGACGCAAACGUUCCAAGACUGAAAGAAAUUACUCCCGGCCAAGAUUUAUUAGAAUGGUGCAAAGAAGUUACAAAGGAUUAUUCUGGUGUUAAAGUCACUAAUCUAACGACAUCUUGGAGAAACGGAAUGGCGUUUUGUGCAAUUAUUCAUCAUUUCAGACCUGAUCUGUUAGACAUCGAUUCCCUAUUGCCGCACGAUGUAAAAGGCAACUGUAAGAAAGCGUUCGAUGCAGGUGAAACUCUGGGCAUACCCAGAGUUAUUGAACCGGCUGACAUGGAUAUAUUAACGGUACCUGAUAAAUUAGCUGUGAUGACUUAUUUAUAUCAAUUGAGAGCACAUUUUACCGGCCACGAAUUAGAGGUACAUCAAAUAGGUAAAACAACGGACGAGUCCUCUUACAUGAUCGGCAGAUUUAAUACGGACAACAAUACUGACGUGAGUGUUCAACUGUUUGGUCAAGAGAUUAUUAAUUUACGGAAGAAGGAACAGAUCGAGCAAAAAAACAAUAAAGCGGAGAAUAACAGACGGUCGAAUCCGUUUGAUAACAAGAAGGAUGACAUAUGCAUCGAUUCGUUAAAAAACAAGCUGCAUUUGAGUCUGAACACGGACAAUCAGGAUCACGAUCAAUGCAACAAAGAUAAAUCGCCAUCCAGCGUAAAGGAGGUCAAGGACAUUAUAUUAGCCAGCUCAAAGAGCAUUCUAGGCAAGGUGUUAUCGCCGACCAAAGAAAAAUACUCGUCGAGAGAGAAGAGCAAGUCUCCCCCGAGAGUGCAACAAGCGCAGCAACGUCCGAUACUUAUGACACGCCGACAAUUAACCGAUCCGUUCGGCUCCGAUGACGAAGAGGAGAACAUACAGAUAAUCGACGACAAAUGGUCGCAAUCGAUCUCACUUACCAAAUCGCAAAGUCCGGUCCGUGAUGACUCGGUAAACUCUGACGAUAGAGGAAGUCGAGGUAGUUCCGAAUGUCAAGGUGCAUCGCCGCCAUAUGGAGAACAACGAUCACAUCCGUUAGUUAGUCGGCACGAUGAAUUGCGAGAGCGAGCGAGACAACUCUUGGAACAAGCCAGGAAUCAAACGAAGUCAUCCGGAUUUGUUUCUGCUGCUAUCAGUCCUGUUGAGACACAGAAUGAUGACGAGAGGCAACAGAACUUGCGAGAAAGGGCGAGACGCUUGAUUGCGGAAGUUAAAAUGGGCGUUGCUGUGACUCCAAAUCAAUUGAAUGAUGAUAACAAUAGUGACAGACGAUCGAUAGACGACCAGAAUAAUAGUCCUAGACGCAGCAUUACGCCAUCGACACCCAGUGAUCGAAUCAGUAUAAAGUCUGAGUACAAUGGAAAUAUACUGGGAAAUUCAAGUAUGAUAGAUGGAGAAAAGAAAACUGGCUCUCCUUUGUAUUCUUUCUCCAAAAUUAUUGAAAGAAUCUCGCCCGAUAAAGGAAGUCCCGAUAGAACUCCGUAUACACUUCGCGGGUUGGGUAAAGACAUGACAUCGUAUAUUCAAAAUGAGCUUGAAGCACUUGAAAGAGAGCAAAAUCAGAUUGACAUUCAAGCUGGCAAACUUGAAAAGCAAUUGAGAGCAGCCAUGGAAAGCGAUAACGAAGAUGAAACGGAAAGACUGAUGUCUCUAUGGUUUACUCUUGUUAACAAAAAAAAUGCUCUCUUAAGAAGACAAAUGCAACUAAACAUACUGGAGAAAGAAGAUGAUUUAGAGCGAAGAUUUGAGCUCUUGAAUCACGAAUUAAGAAGCAUCCUUGCAGUGGAAGAUUGGCAAAAGACACCAGAGCAAAAAAUGCGUGAAAAUUUAUUGUUGGAGGAAUUAGUAUCUAUUGUAAACAAAAGGGAUGAAUUGGUGCAUCAUCUCGAUACACAAGAGAGAGCUAUUGAAGAUGAUGACGAAAUAGAGCGUGAUUUAUCUCGCGCUGGACUAGCUCAACGAAAUAAAAAUUGCGUUGUGCAAUGAAAAGUUAAUUAUUUAUCGUGUUUUUCCCAGAACUAUUAUGAAGGCAUGACCCAUGUUGUUGUGAAGUUGUCAAAAAGCCGACAAAAUUAGAUGUUGAAGAGUCAAGUGUGAACUUUCAUGCUUUACAAACAGGUUAUUUUUAGAGACUUAUUUUUUAUUAUGCAUUAUAGAUUACUUCAUCAAAAGAUAGAUCAAACAAAUUUUUCUAUUUCUUUUGUUUUUAAUAUAAGUUCGUCGAUUCACGACGAAAGAAAAAACGCAAUUAAACUUAGACACUCAAAUUAUUAGAUAUAAAUGGUUUUUUGUAUAUUAUCGAGCAUAAUAUCGAUUAUAUAAUGUAAUGAAGCAUUUUAUGCUUCAAGUGAAAUGUUGCGCGUUAAUAGUUGCGACUGUGUGCAAGUAUAUGACAUGAUACGUAACUAUGGAAUACGGAAUCAUGCAAAACAGUUUACGAAUCAGUAAGUAGAUGAAAAGAGGUAUACUUUUUCUUCCUCGAAUAAAAUAAAAAUGAACGCAAAUGCAAAGAAGUUCGAAAAGAAUUAGAUAAAAAUAUAUUUUAGCAAGAUUCAAGAUCUAAUUACGGGAGCUACUUAGUGUUAUAUAUUUUAAAAGAUUUUGUUUAUACAUAUAUAAAUUAGCUGAUUCAAGAAAGUAUAAAUUGAAUGCAGUUCUUUUAUGCGAAUGAAUUUUAGACAUUUGAUUUAUGUGAAAAAUUAUUUUGAGACUUAAUUGCUAAGAGAUUUAAUAUCGGAAAGCCAAAGAAAAUUAAAGCAGGUUGUUACGCAAGAACAUGCGAGAGAUAUGAAGAGUAAUUUAGUAAAUGUAUUUCGUAAUUAUCGAUCCAAAUCGAUUCACGGAAAAUUAAUUAUGAAACUAUUGCGGAAAGUGGAACGCGUGGCUAUAGUUUUCGUAUUUGCAUCAGUUGUUCUCAUCGAGCAUUCGCAUGUACUCUAUUUGUGCCAUACGAACGAAUUGAUAUACUUUUUACAUCCUAUUUGACGAAUUUGUACAAAUGCGUUAAAAACAAAUUCGCUAAUCUUAUUGACGGUAUGAGAUUUUAAAAAGAAACCGUAAUAAGAUUAAUUUUUAC